ACUCAAUUGUGCUGUCAAUAAUUUGUUCUCUCCUCUCUGCACUAAAUGGCAGUGCUGUGGUUGGAUAGUGCAGAUUAAGAGGCGGUAUUAUUGUAAAAAGAUCUCCUUAUGACAUCAUAAGAGAGCCAUUUUUCACAUGCUUGCAGAGAAUGGUUUACUAUAACUAAGUUACUGGGUUGAUCUUUUUCACAUUUUCUAGGUUGAUAGAAGCACUGGGGACCCAAUUAUAGCACUUAAACAUGGAAAAAGUCAGAUUUUAAUGCUAUAUGGCCCCUUAAGAUAAAUUGUGACCCUAUCUGUGAAAUCCAGGUUAAAGUCUCUAUAAUCAAUUUUUUUCAUAGAAGCAUUUGAUUGCACUCAUUUAAUUCAGUUCUGAAUGACCUUUGUCAAUAUUAUAAAUAUCAAGGUAUUUCCCAUAACGUUUUUUUACACUACGUAGUCGGAUGAUUGUACAAAACAGGAAAUCACACAUAAAGACUAAUGGGUUUUCACAGACUAGGUAGGUCAUUAUUUCUCUUUGCAUCAUCACCCAGCUGCACAAAUGACAAACAACCCUGUAAAAUCCUAACCUUUUACUGAAUUGUGAUCUGUCAGUCCUCAACUCAGUUUCUUUGAUACUGUAUCAUGGUGAGAAACGGUAUCAGUAAGUCAAAAGACUGUGAGCAUGUGAUAAACUGGUUCCUGUUUUAGGAUUGGUCAAACACAAUCUCUCUAGGGUCCCUAGAGUCUGUCAUCUCUCAGUAGUAAUGUGACUGCGACCGCUGCAUCAGACUCGAACAUACCGGAUCAAACAUCUGACUCCUAAACAACAUAACACAAAGUUUACUUUCAUAUCUGAGGAUCACACGCUCAUUUGGAGGGGUUACAUUUUCUGUUCUUGUCUACGGGACUUUCUGCUUUCAUUUUUAUUCAGUCAUUCCUGGAGUUAUAUCGAGUAUCAUGAGAUUUGUUUUCCGGUUUAUAACAUGAUUCUCCAGGGAACGCAGUGGAAAACUGAAUGAUGAUAGGAAGACACUGGAAGGAUGAUUGGACUAUCACAUUUAAUGUCUUGACAUGGGAUUGUUCUUAUUAUCUGCUGAUUUGAAACCUAAUCUAUCUGACUGAUCUGGAGACUUUUUCGUUUUUUUAUUAUACCAAGCGUGGAUCUUCAUAAUGAAUAGCAGUUUUUCUCAAGAGAUUUAGGUUUUGGCAUCCUUUUAUUUAAUCAACACUCUUGAGCAAUUUCUUUCUUUUCUUUUAACCAAUUAAAGUUUUAGUAUCUACCUAAAAAAACUCAGUCUCAGACUGACUCAUAGCCUCUAGUGAGGUGACUGGUGCUUCGAGCUGCAGCUAUGGACAUUAAGGCGAGGCAUCAUCCUUUCUUCCCAGCAACCUCACCAUGCUGAGCAAUGUCUUCGACGUAAUGUACAUAACACUGGAGCUGCUGAUCGCCCUGCUUUCUGUCCUGGGCAACGUGCUGGUCUGCUGGGCAGUGGGACUCAAUAGCAACCUCCAGAGCAUCACCAACUUCUUUGUUGUUUCGCUGGCCGUGGCGGACAUCGCAGUGGGAGUGCUGGCCAUCCCUUUCUCCAUCGUGAUCAGCACUGGUUUUUGUGCCAAUUUCUACGGCUGUCUGUUCAUCGCCUGCUUUGUGUUAGUGCUGACCCAGAGCUCCAUAUUUAGUCUUUUGGCCAUCGCCAUCGACCGCUACAUUGCCAUCAAAAUUCCACUAAGAUACAACAGUCUAGUAACAGGACAGCGUGCCAAAGGCAUUAUUGCAUUGUGCUGGGUUCUGUCGAUCAUCAUCGGUCUGACACCCAUGCUAGGCUGGCACAAAACCCGCUCAGGAGAACCCCUCAACAGCACCUGUCAUCCCGGCAUGAUGGAGUGUUUGUUCGAGGAGGUUGUGGUCAUGGACUACAUGGUUUACUUCAACUUCUUUGCCUGCGUGCUGGUGCCUCUGCUUCUCAUGCUGGCCAUCUACCUGCGGAUCUUCAUGGCUGCGCGCCACCAACUCAAAUGCAUCGAGUCCAAAGCCGUGCCGUGUGAGCUCAAGUCUCGCUCCACCCUGCAAAAAGAAGUCCAUGCAGCCAAGUCACUGGCCAUCAUUGUCGGCCUGUUCGCCGUGUGCUGGCUGCCACUUCACAUCAUCAACUGUUUCACUUUGUUUUGUCCGCAGUGUGAACGGCCGCCGCUUAUCAUCAUGUACCUGGCUAUAAUCCUCUCGCACGCAAACUCGGUCGUGAACCCCUUUAUCUACGCCUACCGCAUUCGAGAGUUUCGAUAUACAUUUAGAAAGAUUGUCCGCUAUCAUGUUUUGGGCAGACGGGAGCCGCUUUCUUGCAACGGGAGCACCCGUACCUCGACCCGAGCGAGCUUGGCGGACUCGCUCAGAAUUAAAGUCAACGGCCUGGUGCGUGACCUCUACAUAGAGCAGAGCAGCACCACGAGCAGCUGUGAAAGUGCAGAGCCCGGGCACACGCACAGACCUACUGCCACAGAAAACUCGAUUUUGGACAACCAGGAACUCACAAACACCCACAAGCCUGUACUAAGGCAUCUAGAGUCUCCACUUACAGGGAACGAUCAGGGCAGGAAGCAUGCCAUACUUGAUAUUACGAAGGGGAAGGGUCUGCCCUCUCCUCUUCACAUCAAAUCGACUCUGUAUCUACAAACAGGCCACUGCACUGAGCUCACAGAGGUUUCCUGAUAGCCGGUACUUUAUCGAUUGAGGGAUUCUGAACGUAUUUAUUUGCUACAUUUUAAAGACAAAAGUACCUGCAAGACACUAAAAUGAUGGUGUGAGCCAUGUAGCAGCUCCGAUCUAAGUGUGCACAUUUUGAUAUUGUAAUGGUUGUAACAGUGAUGUAAAACAUGUAAAUGAUCAAGGUGUUAUAUCAAACAUUUCUUUAUAUUAAAUUCUUUAUAUGAAAAAAUUCUGGAUACAGAUUUUCUUGUGAUGGUUGGAAAGCUUACAUGCAAAAUUGCAUUAUGUCUAUGUUUCACACCGGAUCGGUAAACAUUAGCGGUGUAUAGGCAAGCAUGUAUGGAGAGCGUUUGCAAAACAUCUGUAUAAUGCAAGUUCAACAAGUUCACAUUAUUUGAAAUACAUUUAUGAGCAAAACAUCUUCAAAAAGCUUGUUUUACUGUUUAAUUUUAUCCACAUUGUUUUUAUGCUCUUUCUGGUCCAUGAAAUAUGGGUUAAAGACAGAGAAAAAGGCAAUCACGCUUCGUAUGUUUCGCUAAUGUUGAUGGGGAUUCCCUCUGUACAAAAGAAAGCGAAUGACAGCAUGAUGCAAAAGUGUUUCCUCCACAAAUACAAUAUAAGCAUACAGUAUAAUAUUUUUUUCUUUUUUUGAAAAUAUGCUCAUUUUCCAGCUAAACAUUUGAUUCUUACCAUUUUGGAAUCCAUUCAGCUGAUCUCUGGGUCUGGCGCUACCACUUUUAGCAUAGCUUAGCACAAUCCAUUGAAUCUAAUUAGACCAUUAGCAUUGUGCUAAAAAAUAACCAAAGAGUUUCAAUAUUUUUCCUAUUUAAAACUUGACUCUUCUGUAGUUACAUUGUGUACUAAGACCGAUGGAAAAUUAAAAGUUGUGAUUUUCUAGGCAGAUAUGGUUAGGAACUGUACUCUCAUUCUGGCGUAAUAAUCAGUGACUUUGCUGAUGUAACAUGGCUGCAGCAGAUGCAAUGAUAUUACGCACUGCCCGAAAAUAGUCCCCUUAUUUACUUUCAAUGGCAGGGAACUAUUUUCGGGCAGUGAGUAAUAUUUAAAAAAAAAGUGGAAUGUCCCUUUAAACAUGCUCAUGUGGUUUGAAAAAUGUGUGUGUUGAAAAAAUGACACCAUUUAAGAUAAGUGUGACUGCUCAAACCUACGGAAAGCCGAGAGAGGCCAUGCACUGUUAUUAUUUUUGCUUGCUUGUUUUCUCGUGAUCACGACUUAAUUUUCUCGUCAUCUCGAGAUAACAAAAGUUGUUUUCUCGUGAUCUCGGCAUAACAAAAGUUGUAUUCUUGAGAUGUGAUUAAAGCUUACGUGUACUCGAUAGAACGUAUUGUUUUGUUUGUAAACAGCAAAAGCAUAUUUUGCUAAAUUAGCAUGGAUGAACAAAUGAGAUUCGCUCAAGCUGAAAUAGAUUUGUCAAUAUUUACAAUUUUACAGUGGUGAAUUUAGGGACCGUCUUUAAGUUACACAAUAAUAUACACGUUUCUACUUUUAACAGCAUGUAAAUGGAAUGACUGAAAGUCAACAAACAGUCACAAAACCAACGUGUUUAUGUGGUUGUCAGCUAUAAUGCACACUUUUUAGAUUUUUGAUAUUUAUUUAAAUAAACUGUUAAAUACUAUUGAAGAUAGAAACGUGUACAGUAUUACUUUAGCAAUAGUCCCUAAAUUCACGAACACGAACCAUCCAACUUUAUUUAUUUAUCGGCUACACAUUAGCUACACGUGUGGUAACAGCGAAGACCCCAACUUAUGCAUUAGCAGUCCACUUCAAAAUACACUAAAUAUUAUGGACAGGAAAUUACAUUAUGACAUUUGGAUAAUCAUGUCAGGAGAUCGUGAGAAAAUUAAGUCGAGAAAAUAACUUUUGUUAUCUCGCGAUAACGAGAAAUUAAGUCAUGAUCACAAGAAAAUAACUUUUGUUAUCUCGAGAUCACGAGAAAACAACUUUUGUUAUCUCGUGAAAACGAGAAAUUAAGUCGUGAUCGGAGAAAACAAGCAAGCAAAAAUAAUAAUAGUGCAUGUCCUCUCUCGACUUCCGUACAAACCUGUUAACAUGGGUGCUGAAAAAACGCUCAGCUUAUGAAGCAGACAUAAACUUUCACACUGUUUUCACAGUGUGAGCAAUUACUGUAAGUCAGUUAGUAAACUUUACAUGUACAUGUACAUGCAUGUACAAAUUAUCAGAUUUGAUCUGUUCAGUGAUACAUAGUGUGGUUCACGUGGUUGGCACAUGUUUAUCAGUGCUAUGUAAUGACAUAACUUUAAGUGUUACACAAGCUGCAUGAUGGGAUGGUAUUGUUUUCUAUGGAAAUCUAGAAUUGUGUCUAAUUUAAAGGGGACAUAUCAUGAAAAUCUGACUCUUUUUCAUGUUUAAUUGCUAUAAUUGGGUCCCAGUGCUUCUUUCAACCUAGACAAUGUGAAAAAGAUCAACCCAGUAAACCAUUCUCUGCAAGGAUGUGGAAAAAUAGGUAAUUGAAAUUUGCCUCCCCUUGUGAUGUCAGAAGGGGAUAAUACCGCCCCUUAAUCUGCACUAUCCAACCACGGCACUGCAUUAAGUGCAGAGAUCAGCUCAUUUGCAUUUAAAAGGAGAUUUAAACUGCACAUUUUUGUUAACACCUACAAAGUGGCAAUUUUAUCAUGCUGUAAUA